UAAUGGUUUAGGGAAUAGAACACGUGGUCCUUCUUACAGGCAAUGAAUGGGUUGUAUUCUUUAUGUAGCAAACCAAGCGUGAAAACUUUGUGUGUUGGUUGUGUGUAAAUGUUUUCAUAAAAUACAGACGAUGGACAAGGAUUAAAACCUAUGUAGAGAAUAAAUUGUGUACAUUUCUGUUGCAAAAAUGCAUUUUCUUAUAAUAGGAGGUUAAAACAUUUUAUUACACUAUGUAGGGAAUUAUACUUGAGAUUUAAUUUGUUUAUCGGAUAUUAAAUGGUGGACAAUUUUACCUGUUUUUUUCACCUGAUCAUGAAAGGAUUGUUGCGUGGAUUAUAAACGGGUGAUUCAAUGAGUGGAUUCUAUUUGUCUAUGUGUCUUUAUGACAGAGUAUGAAGAGGCCUGGCAUCAACAGGAUGCUAGUAGAGGGUCUGUUACUAUGGAUCCUGGUCGUCAUGGUGAAAGCAACAACUUCUGAAGAUUCUUUGCCUAUCUUCUUAGAAGAACCAGAAUCAGCUGUAAUAUCCCAUCAUGCAUCAGUGACGUUACCGUGCAAGGUGCUGCCUUCUAGUGCUGUUGUACGGUGGAAAUUCAAUGGAGACUUUGUGAAAGAGGGGGGAUCAAGGGGGUUUAGCAUUGAAGGAACAAAUCUUCAUAUAGCAAAUUUUAAACAUAAGCGGAAGCAGGAUAGUAACGAAGGGAUAUAUCAAUGUAUAGCACAGACAUCUGUUGGACAAGUGGCUAGCCGGCCAGCCAGACUUUCUAAAACAGUAUUAAAAAGAUUCCAAAGUCGAGAAGAUUUACGAUUGAAUGGAACUAUAGGCUAUAGUAUAGUAUUGCCAUGCCAACCUCCUAUCAGCAGUCCGGAAGCAAAUAUUUUAUUUGAACUGAAUGGAACAAUUAUAUCAACUUCAUCUGAUCAUUACCGAAUUUUAUCAUCUGGCUAUUUACUCAUCAGAAACCUUACAUUAAAGGACCAAGGGACAUACCGGUGCAUUGCUGUGAACCCAGUAUCCAAUCAAAAUAGAACAUCAAGCCACAUUAUCUCUCUCAGUGUUAGAAAUUAUACCCAAGGUUCAACUACUGGCAAUGUAAAUGUUUACAGACCAACAGAAGUUGAAGCCCACGAAGGAGAGGACGUUACAAUAGAAUGUGUUGCUAUAGGUCUACCUCAACCUGUUGUAUCAUGGGACAAAUAUGGCGGCAGUUUACCAAAGGAACGAACAGAAACUAUUCAGGGAAAUUUAAUAAUUAGAAAUGUGACUCAGGAAGAUACAGGUACAUACCUGUGUAAAGUGAACAGUGGCAAUGAAGAACAGACUGUAAAGGAUGUUUAUCUCAAACUAAUUGAACCUCCAACAGUUACUGCAGAAACUACCUCAGUUACCUUGACUCCAUCAAAUUCUGUCAAGUUACGUUGUCAGGUGAGAGGUUCUCCUAAACCAGAGGUGAUAUGGUAUCAUAAUGCUGUCCCAAUCUCUAACAUUCUCAAUGUGGACGAGAAUCAGGGAACAACGUACAGCCUUAAUAAUGUGAUCCACGAUGAUGCUGGACUUUACCAGUGUAUGUCCAGUAAUGACAUUGGUGUUGAUUAUGCCGUUAUUAGAGUGGACAUCACAGGUGAUCGAAUGGCUCCUACAACAUCUAUCAAAAACAAUAACAAUCCCAGACAGAGGCCAAAUGUCAAAAGGAAAAAUGGUAAACGUAGAAGGAAAAAUAGGAGAAACAGAAAACAGAGAAAGAAUAAGAAAACAAAAGGUCCUCAACCUGUUAAUGAUGGGCCUGAUACCAAUGUAAAACUGGUACCCCCAUCAGCACCUGAUGUGUACCAGUUAUCAGACACGUCAGUCAAGUUGAAUUGGACUGUACCAGCCAAUGAUGGACUGAAUAUUAUAUUUUUCCGUGUUCAGUAUCGUGUGAUCAAACCAAAGAAGAGUCCAUGGCAGACAGAUGAUAACGAGAUUCAGGGAGAUCGUAGGCAGUAUGAAGUCAAGAACUUGGUUGCUGAGGGAACUUUUAAGUUUCGUAUUGCAGCUGUGUAUUCCAAUAAUGACAAUAAAGCUGGCCCUAACUCGGACAAGUUCACAUUACAUCUUCCAACAUACCAGCAGCCACAGGUUCCUAAGAAUCCGCCAACGAUAGUAGAAGUUAAACCAAUUACAUACAUGGACAACUAUGCUCUCAAUAUCAAGUGGAAUUACAUCCCAGUGAAGUCAUCACCUAUAGAAGGAUUCUUCUUGUAUUAUAAACCAUUCAAUUCUAAGGGAGACUACAAGAAGGAGAUGUUGAUGCAACCAUCAAUACGAACUUAUCUGGUGGCUGAACUUAAAGCAGCGACAGAAUACUCACUUAAAAUGCAGUGCUUCAAUUCAGAGGGGAUGAGUGACUUUAGUAACACAGUAGUCAUGAAAACUCAAGGUGAAGGAAAGGAACCAAAAUUUCCAUUCAUCCCACCAUCCACAUCUAAACCACCAGCAGAACAGAGCAACGAGGGUUCACCAACUAAACCUGACAAUCAGGCUAACAGUGAACUAUUAUACAUGAUCCUGGGAAUCGUCUUUGGUGUUCUCAUGUUGUUGUUGAUUGUUUUUAUCUUCAUGUGUUGGUGGAAACAGAGACAACAAAGGAGAAUGAUGGAUGCUAUGAAUGAUGCAGUUCUGAGAAACAAAUUUCAAGAUCCAUCUCAAAGAAUUUAUGCUGACAGUCUGCGGAAGAAAUAUGUAAAUGGUGGAUAUUCAGCUGUUCCUACAGUGCCACCUGUUCAGAAUGGACAGGUUCAAAAUACUUAUACAAAGAUGAAUGUAAAUGUUAAUCCAUUGUCAGAAAUGGAUAUGCAUUCAAUGAGCAAUGGACACACUGGGAACCAACUUCACCAGCAGUCCACCACUUUUGAUCCAAAUGGCACCUUACCUAGUCAAUAUAGUGAUAAUAACAAUAAACAGAAUCUGGACAAUUCAUUGGAAGGCAGUCAGUGUCUCAAUACUCCAGAUUCUAUGGGUAGUGGGGAGGCACCCGCCAUCCCGCCCUCACCUAAUUCUUACAGUGUGCCAAUUGGUUACGAUCAAUUUACAACUUCAGACUCUCAGGAGCAAUAUUCUAAUAAGUCAUGUGAUCAGCUGGCUGAGUCACAUGACACAAACAAUUUAGAUUUUGUGAAGCAGUGUUCUAAUGACAGUUCUGUGGCCAGUGAAAAUAGUGUUCAUUCAGGAAAACAUAAGCGACGACGAAAAAGGAAAGCAGCAAGUAGUGAAAAUUCUACAAGAGAUCAAGCAACGAAUACUGAUUUAAGCAGUAAUGAAGGAACAAUUGAGUCUUCACAUGUAAAUAGAGAUACAAAUUCACCAGAAGCAUUUGAACAGUGUUAUACACGGACUAGCUCCAGUGAAGAUUGUGAUCAGGUCGUAUGACACGGAACUAACCUCAAAUAAAAGACUGAUAUACACAGCUUUUAUUCAACAAAACGAGAAUAAUGUACAGUCUACCUGGCAUUUCAUUUAAUACGAGAAUCUCUUCUAUGGUGCAUCAUGUUAUUAAUACUCAGGAUUAAAUACUUGUAUGGAGUGCAUCAUGCUAUAAUUCCAUUGGAUAACUUUACUGCCAAAGAUUGGACAUAUUUUUGCAGUUCUUUAUAUAGUAACUGUGACAAAUAACCAAAGUUAUUUAUAGUACCAUGGAAACUGUACAUCACAAGUAAACAAUAAUUUGAUUGGCUGUGAUAUAAAUUCCUAAACAGGAAGUUACUUGUGAUGUGACAUUGUUGAUUGAAAUCCAUGGAAAAUAUUUUCAUUUUUGUGAAGUAUGAAAAUAUUUUCUAAAAUGAAGUAUUGUUGACCCCUGCCAGGUCGUAUCGUUGUAUACUGGUACCCUGUUAAAGGGUAAACCAGUCCUAUAGGGUAAAUCUACAGAUUGUUAUUUGUGCUCAAAUGGGUACUUUAAUUCAAAUUUAUACAAGUUUUAAGUUAGCAGAACAAUCUUUCUUCACUUCAUAUAUCAUUCAGAUUCUACCUAAUUUGCAGGAGAUUUUAAUUCUAUAAAUAGAUAUUUCGCUGAGAGAAACCAUUUGUAAUCUCUGCAGCAUUUUCAACUAAUUAUGAAUAUUCGGGAACAACUUUUCCAUUUAGAUAAUAGCUCUCAAUAUUGUCAUGUUUGAUUAGAAAAAGACAUUCAUGUUUAUACAUCUUUUAUUUAAAAGUAGCAUAGCUUAAACAUAAACACUAAUGAGAAAUACUAUUCAAUAAAGGUUAUUUUUAACACAGAUCAGACUUAAAAGACAUUUGUUGGUCAAAAUCAUUAAAUAUUUUAUUUUUAACAUAGAUCAGACUUAGAAGACAUUUGUCGAAAUCGUUAAAUAUUUAAUUUUAAUUUAAGAAGUCUUCAUUCAUUAAACAUUCACUGUACAUUUACAUUGGGGAGGGGAAAGUAA